GUAAGUUAGUGUGCAGGAGCCUAUUUGGAGACGCGCUGACUUUUCUUUCCAGGAGCCCAAACUGUUGCCGUCCGUCUUGUGGCUUGGCUGACUCUCGUGGGAAGAGGCAGGAUGUCUAACAACAUGGCUAAGAUUGCAGAUGCUCGAAAGACUGUAGAGCAGCUGAAACUGGAGGUGAACAUAGAGAGGAUGAUGGUAUCCAAAGCAGCAGCUGAUCUGAUGGCCUACUGUGAAGCCCACGCCAAAGAGGACCCCCUGGUGACACCAGUGCCUUCCUCUGAGAACCCGUUUAGAGAGAAGAAAUUAUUCUGUGUAAUACUAUAACCCUCGUAUUCACAAGACAAACAAAACAAAUAAUGAAGGUUCCUUUCAUGAAUUCAGUGUCAAAUUUAAUGAUGAAAAGAAAAAAAAAAUUUGAUUUAAAAACUAACAGUUUUGUAUUUAAAGUCGUUCUUUGGUGACUGACUUUACUGACUUUAUGAUGA